AUGAAUCCCAACAGACCUCUCGGCAUCAAGUCCGAGCCGGCUGAGGCUCCCAAUAUGACGACCAUACCUCAGGCCAUACCCCAGGUCGCACCCGCAGCCCAAAGCCCUUUCACAGCUGCGACCAUUGCCGCUAGCGAGAGCAUCACCGUGGCCACUACCUCCGCCGCUACCACUGCACCCACAAUCGCUGCAAAAGCACCCCCGGCCAAGAAGGCCACCGCUGCUCCCAGGAAGCCAGCUGCUGCUAAGGCUACCGCGAAAACUACACCCAAGGCGCCACCCAAAGCCACUCCCAAAGCUACUCCCAAGACGGCUGCCGCGAAAGCUACCCCGACCUCCAACACUCAGGCCGAAGCAGAGGUGACUCCCCCCACUACAACCGGCACUGGCACCGCUCGUCCUCGCGGCCGUCCUAAGAAGAACGCAAACGCAACCGACGCCGCUACCACGGCCGCUGCUGCUAACGAUAACACUAACAUCACAGACGCCGCCAAAGCUACGACCUCCUCCCCGCCUCCAGCCGCACCCUCAUCUCCCAUCAUCGUCGCUACCGCUAACCGUCCUGUUACUGCUACUGCUACCGCUAACCGCCCCAGCCCCAGCCCUAGCCCUAGCCCCGGCCCUGGGCCUGCUUCCGCCACUGCUGCUACCCGCCAAACCACCAACACCAACACCAGAGGCAGAGGCAGAGGCAGAGGUACAGGCAGAGGCAGAGGUACAGGAAGAGGAAGAGGUAGAGGCGGUGCUUCUACAUCUCGUGCUUCAUCGUCAACCACCACUCCCACUAGAAAACGCACCGCUAGUGCUGCUAGCAUCGCUGAUGCCGAUGCUGAUACUGACCCUGAUGAUGAUGAUGAUGAUGCUGAUGCGUAUAGGCGAGCUAGUAAGCAGCGGAAAGUUGCUUCAACUGAGGGGAUCGCGGCGACAUUGAGAGCUUUUGAAGCUUCGCGAGCGGGCUCGGCUUCGGCUUUGGCCUCAGGAGCAGGCUCGGGCUCUGGCUCUGGCUCAAAGCAGGUGGUGAGGGCCGCGGCUUCGGGAGGGGCAGGAGGUUCAGGAGGUAAAGGGGGUGCAGCAGGGCCAGGAACAAGUGUCGGCAAGAAGGGGUGGAGUGUAGAUGGGCAGGAGAUUAAUCGGCGGCAUAAGGAGAAUGAUUUGCAUCUCCUCGAAACUGGCGAGUUCUCUGAUGCUACCAUCCAUUGUCUCAAGAAGAAGUGGAAGGUGCAUAAGAUGAGAUUGAGCACGAGAAGUGCGUGGUUCAGGGAGGCUUUUGCUGGUAGUGAUGGGGCAGGUCAAAUUAGCGAGAUCAACCUCCACGAGCAAAACGCUGAAGACAUUGAAACCAUGCUGAGGUUCAUGUAUGCCGACUCCCUCGACGACAACCUCACCCGCCCCUCCUCCCUCGCCUCCCCCAUCACCACCUACGUAACCCUCUACAACCUAGGCCACACCUUCCGCAUCCCCCUCCUCUGCCGCGACAGCAUCACCCUGCUAGGACAAUACCUCGACACCAAGCUCCUCCUCCUGUGCACCUACUCGGUCCCCGCCUCCGGCCGCUCCGGCGUAAUCGACCACUCAGACCCCCUCUUAUCCCCCCAAUCCUACGCGAACGACCUAUUCUCCGGCAUUUUCCAAGCUUACUCGGGCGUCUCCGAAAGCACCAAACUACACUCUUUACUUGCAUCCUUCCUCUGGGCAGGCCGCGACCGUCUUUUUCGCCUGCCUGGUCUCCGCCAAGUAGUCGACCAGUGCCCUAUGCUCGGAACGGACGUGUUCAAAGUCCAACUAGGCGACAAUUCCAGUAGUUUCAUCCCGCCGACGACGAUCAAACUUACCAACGUGCCGGGUGGAGGUGGCGGCGGAGGCGACGUGGAGGAGCUCAAAGCUAAACACUUUGGACCGACAUGUAGUAGACUGGAUCAUACAAGGAAGACGCAGCACCCGGAUCGGUGUGAGGCGUGUGAGGAGGUGUUUGAUGAGGAGAGGUGGGCGAAGCGGGUGUAUAAUCCGUUCAAGGUGGUGGUGAGGCCGGCGGCGUGGUGUAGGAGGUGUGUGGAGGGGAAGACGAAUCCGAAUGCGCCGGGAGGUGGGAAGGGUGGGAAGGGGGGUAUUGGGGGACGGUUUGAUUUGGGGGUUGGUGGGCCGGUGGUGGUUGAUGGGGAUGGUGAGGGUGCAGAGGGCGGAAACGGGGAGAGUCACAGAAGGAAGGGGGUGUUGGAGGAUGUGGUGCCUAUGUGGAGGUUGAGGGUUGGUGGGGAUGAGGAGUGA